AUGGACUUUCUGACGCUGCUCUUGAUUUAUUUGUGUUUUGUCCUCGCUGCUGUCGCUCUGCUCUGCAUCUGCUCGGGAAGGAAGGAGAGUUUCCUCGCCAGAAGGGUCAGCGGUGCAAGCCAGGUGUUGUCAUGUGUAAUCCCCACACAGCUCCGGAGGGUGACACACGGGGCGCUUCACAGGCUGUUCCACACAAGGAGCCGUUUGUUUGUUGUCCUGCACAUCGCCCUGCAGGCUGCGGUGUUUGGGGAAUACACCUGGGAAGUGUUCGUUUACUGCUGGGAGCUGCAGUUCCACCUCCUGCUGCUGCUGCUGCCCUACCUGCUGCUGGCUGCCAACUUGGGCUGCUUCCUCCUCUGCUCCCAGGCCAACCCUGGUGUAAUAACAAAAUCAAAUCAUGCAUCACUGGUUCAGGUUUACGCGUAUGAUGGUGUAUUAUUUCAGAAGGGCAUCGUGUGUCCUACGUGCAACGUGGAGAAGCCAGCCAGAUCAAAACAUUGCAGUUUCUGCAGCGUCUGCGUGCAUCGUUUCGAUCACCACUGCGUGUGGGUCAACAACUGCAUCGGUGCCUUCAAUGCUGGGUAUUUCUUCCUGUACCUCUUCACGCUGACUGCCGUGGCCGCAGCCGUUGCCAGCAUCACAGCGGCGCUGCUCGUCCACGUGGUGCUGCUGUCAAACCUGAUGCAGGGCAGUUACCUCGAUGACCAAGGGCAAGAGCACGCCGUGGAGAUUCUCUUCCUCGUUCAGCACCUUUUCUUGACUUUCCCCAGGAUUGUCUUCAUGCUUGGUUUUGUUACUCUCCUCACGCUCGUGCUGGGUGCGUACAGCAGCUUCACGCUGUACUUGGCCUUAACCAACCAAACGUCCAACGAGUGGUAUAAAUCCCGGCGAUACGGGUGCUCCCCCCACCUAACAGCGCAGCCUCGUGCCAGCCGAGUCGCCUACAGAAACGUUUAUUCUAAAGGAGUCUGGAAGAAUUUAAAGGAAAUCUUUAAGCCUCCUACAGUGUUGGAAAGCAAAAAGAAAACAUGA